UUUCUUCUCCCGCCCUCCCCCGUUCCUGUUUUUUUUUCACGAACCACCGGCAUCCGCAGGGGUGGCCGGCCACGUCGCGUGCGGGGUGUCUGGCCGCGGGAGUGGAAGAGUGGUGCACUUUUCCGCGCGAUAGUUAUGUUACCGCGCGACUCGCCUUGUGUCGUGUGUGAGCUUUGAAAAAUUUCGACCGAGGUGAUCGCGGGUGAAGGGUCGCGCCGCGCGCCGCAACGACGUGGGUAGAAGGAAGGGCGGCGAUGCAACGCGGCGCAGGGAUGAACGUGCUGGCUGCGUGCUGCCGUCGCCCCGGCGCGGGGAGACGCUAAGGAUAUUAUGCGCGCCUGCGGCGACCUCCGCCGGUCGAUAAACCGAAGAUUAGCCUCGAGAGACUGUGAUUCGAGCGGAAGAACGAUCGCUAAUACGCCCGUUGUUCAUCUCGCCGAUCUGCAGAUCGCUACGAAAAAGGAUGACGACGUGACACGGCGGACUACAAGCCGGCUCGAGAUGAACACGAACGGCAACGCGGUUGGUCAAGAAGGUGGCGCCGGUACCGAUUACGGUAAUGAAGAGACGGCGGCCCUGUUGGGCAGGCAACCGCCGCCGCCGGUCGUGGUGGCCGCGGCGUCUCAGGGCAAGCCGGUGCUCACGCGGCAGGAUCGGGCGACCUUCCUGGUCGCCUCGCCGCAAUUGUCCGUGUCCGGACUCGGCGGCUCCGAGGAGAGCGGCACUAACGAAGACCCAGCGACCAGAUCAGUACCGGACAUUGAGCUUCACUGUCGGCUGGACGGCGAGCCACAGGUCCCGCAACUUCCACAGCAGCAGCAACAGCAGCAGCAGCAGCAGCAGCAGCAGCAACAGCCGCAGCACCAGCAGUCGCAAGUGCAGCCAUCGUCGCAGCUACAGGCGCACCGCUCGUCUAGGCAGUCGCAUCAGUAUAGAUGCAGAUGCGACCGAAGGGACUCCCUCGCACCCACCUCGGCUCUUCAUUUGGCCCGCAGCGUCUCCAGAGAGAGCGUGAAAAGCGGUCACCAUUGCUGCCCGUGUCAGGCGCCGCCGCCACCGGUGUUGGUAACCACGUCGCCCAGCACGCGCAUAAUACGGCAGAGCUCGCAGCCGGAGGCAUCCGCGUGCUGUUGCUCCGGCUGUUGCUGCCCGUUGCACACCGGCGCGGCACCGAGCGCCGCCUCGCUGCGGCAACUCCGCGAGCCGGGCGACGGGAUCGCCGGCAUCGCCGCGGACUCGCUGCGGAUCAAUGGCGGUAUACGACAGUUCCGACAGUUCCCCUGGUGGUGCAAGUCGUCCUCGGCGACGAUGUCGGCGGCGGCGGCGGCGCCCUCCACCACGGCCACGGCGCCCGGCCCAGCCUCCGCCGGCGCCGCUUCCGGCUCUCAGGGCGCCCAGGGCGUCGUACUCUGCCCACGCACGCUGUCGCAGGUGCGACGAUCACGACUACGCCGGGCCCUCACCGAGGCAACCGCCGAGACCGUCAACUACGUCAAGACGCUGCGGAAGCCAGUGUCGACUCUCUCGAUCCCGGGGGCGAUGAAGAACAGUGGCGGGGUGGCCGGCGGGGGCGGCUCGGGGGCGGCAGGAGUGGCUGCCGGCUGCGGCAGCGCCGGGGGCGCCGGUGCCGGCGAGGACCCCGGAGUCUCCCUCGUGAGCGUCCACAACGAAUACCCCCGUUACAUGGACGAUCGCAUGCUGGGCGGUGGUGGCGGCUCCCUCAAGGGCCAGUCCGGCGGUGGCAGCAUCGGGCCCGGGUCCAAGCACAAGCCGAACGUCGGCUACCGGCUGGGCAAGCGGAAGGCCCUCUUCGAGAAGCGCAAGCGCAUCAGCGACUACGCCCUCGUGAUGGGCAUGUUUGGCAUCAUCAUAAUGGUCAUCGAAAACGAACUGUCCAGCGCCGGCAUUUACAGCAAGGCCUCGUUUUGGUCGACAGCACUGAAAACCCUGAUCUCUGUGUCUACUGUGAUACUGCUUGGCCUCAUAUUUGCUUACCAUGCCUUAGAAGUUCAGUUGUUCAUGAUCGAUAACUGCGCGGACGACUGGCGGAUCGCGAUGACCUGGCAGCGGAUCGCGCAGAUCUCGUUGGAGCUGGUGAUCUGCGCGAUCCACCCGAUUCCGGGCGAGUACUACUUCCUGUGGACGACCAAGCUGGCGAACAAAAACGGCGACAUCGGCUCCAAGUGGGUGCCGUAUGACGUGACCCUCUCGUUGCCGAUGUUCCUCAGGCUCUACCUCAUCUGCCGAGUGAUGCUGCUGCACUCGAAGCUCUUUACGGACGCGUCGUCGCGCAGUAUAGGAGCCUUGAAUCGCAUCAACUUCAACACCAGGUUCGUCCUCAAGACCCUGAUGACCAUCUGCCCCGGCACGGUACUGCUGGUCUUCAUGGUCUCCCUGUGGAUCAUCGCCUCGUGGACGCUGCGACAGUGCGAGAGGUACCAUGACGAGGAACACGCAAAUCUCCUCAACGCCAUGUGGCUCAUCGCCAUCACGUUCCUGAGCGUCGGUUUCGGCGACAUCGUGCCCAACACAUACUGCGGUCGAGGUAUUGCCGUCUCCACCGGAAUGAUGGGCGCCGGAUGCACCGCUCUGUUGGUGGCGGUCGUCUCCAGAAAGCUCGAGCUUACGCGGGCGGAGAAACACGUGCACAACUUCAUGAUGGACACACAAUUAACGAAGAGGUUGAAGAACGCCGCAGCAAACGUGUUGCGGGAAACGUGGCUGAUUUACAAGCACACCCGCUUGGUGAAGCGCGUCAAUCCCGGACGCGUGCGGACCCAUCAGCGGAAAUUCCUAUUGGCUAUAUACGCACUCAGGAAGGUGAAAAUGGAUCAGCGUAAAUUGAUGGACAACGCCAACACUAUAACGGAUAUGGCCAAGACGCAGAACACCGUCUACGAGAUUGUCUCGGACAUGAGCACGCGACAAGACGCGCUGGAGGAGCGUCUAGAGGGUGUGGAGAGCCGUCUGGCCGGCCUAGAUGAGAAGCUGACCUCGUUGCAGGGUCAGCUGGAGCUGCUGCCCGAGGUGCUGACCCGCUGUUUGGCCCAACACGCGGAACGGAUGGAGCAGCGGCGUAACUUCCUCCACCCUGACACCGCGGUGGCAAUGGCGACUUCCGGUGGCGGUGGCGGCGGCGGUGGCGGCGGCGGCGGCGGCGGCGGCGGCGGCGGCGGCGGCGGCGGCGGCGGCGGCGGCGGUGGCGUUGGCGGUGGCGGUGGCGGCGGCGGAGGUGCUAUCUCGUCGGGGACGAGCCUGGGCGUCUCCGGCGGCAGCACAUCCGCACACCACCCUCUCGCCAGUCUUUCCAACUCACCCCUCUUGCCGCACUCGCGUAGUGUACCCAGCGCGCCCAGCACCAUGUCCCUCCACCCGUGGCCGGUCAGCCCGGUCCUUCCCCCCGUCUCCAGUCGCACGCCCCACCUGGUGCCGGAAACCGGCAGGCAUCAUGGCCUCAGCCACUCCGCUACGGUGACCGCUACGACCUCGCAGUCGGCCACCAGGCUCACCUCGCAGGCCGGCAUGGGUGGGCUAGGCAACAGCCAAGGCUCGGACACGUCGGCGCACAGCUGAGUCUCGUCUCUGCAGCCGCAGCACUCGUACUAAGGCCCAUCCUGAGGUCGGUUUCCGCGUAUCACAGACUGUGGUCGGUGCCACCGUCAUCGGUGCACGGUUACGAUCGGUAUAUAAGCUAUACUGCCGGGAUACAAUCGCACGGUCGAAUACGACGGUCGAUCGGCCGGCGGUUUGAUUCUUCGCACAAACGAACGUGAAAACUCCCGUUUAGAGCGGUGUUUCCCCCUCCCCCUCUUCUUCCUACGUCAGCCAUAUUCACGUCUACAGCGGUCCACUUUAACGGAAGUUUGUCUUUAAUUUGAUCACGUACGUCGCGGUGGUCAGUUUUCGCCGAGAGAAAAAACGGGAGGAAGGAAACGCGGACGCUAAUGGGAAAAACAACUUCGACUGUGGAAUCCACUUUACGUUCGAUUUACCCUUGUUUCUCGUAAGCGGCAACUUAUUGUGCAUCAUACACAGUGGAUUCUGCGCACAGAUACGCAAAUUAGUUCGCGUCGAGCGCAUAUUCGCGUACAAAUUUCCUUGGUAUCCUCCUCGCGGUUGACGAUUCUUUCAAAAUCCACGAUAACGAAAUCGUCGAAGCCUGUUUUUCUAUGUGUGUACUAUGGAAUACUUUUCUUUUCGUUUACGACCAAUGAUCCUCGCUUUAGCACGGACCAAAGCCUGUGGAGGUAUGAUAGUCGGGUGCUACGUGGAGAAGCAUUGCUCUAAGUGUGAGUUCCGUGGUGACCAGGUUUGCGAUACCGCGGUCUGUUUUUCGUGUGAAACUCGUCUAACGAUGGGCCUUCUUGCGUCCUGCGCGUACCUUCGAGUUCCUCCUGAAGUCACGCUCGCAACGAAAAUUCAGUCAGGAUUUUGUGCGACGUGCGGCACAUCGCGCGAUUGGGAUUGAAAAACCGAGGGACGGGAGAGGGAGGGAGGGCAAGAAUUGUCCGAGCGUCACUCUACGUGUGUUCUUGAUAUAGCUACCAUGGGUCACUCGGCGUUCAUCUUCCCCGCACGAAACUCCUCAAACAUCUGAUUCUGUUUCCCACUUCAAAAUAUGAAGAUUUUCUACUUUAAAGAAGCGGGACUAAGAGAAAAGUCGAGGAAAGUGUAAUCGAUAAACUGUACUUCGAACUGUACGAACGAUACUUUGUUCGAAAGGAUGAGGAGGUUCACCAUCGGAAGUAGCCACUUGUUCGAAUCAUGUCUCUCGAUCUCCCAUUCGUGUGAACCCUUUAAUCGCCUACUUUGAUCAGCCGUUUCCACCUAAUCCCUUCCAACCCCCAACCCUUCACUCGCCAAUUUCGACGAAAGUACGCAUCAAUCAAGAGGUUGGGAUUUCACACAAGUAGACAAUUAAACGGGGUUAAGGGAAUUAGAAGUGGCGCAAAAUAACGAAGGCAAAAGCGAAGGAUCGGCACGUCCUAACCUGGCGAAACGGAUCGGACAACCGGACCGACGUUGUCGUUGGAUCUAUCGAUCUAUUGACCGAUCGGCGGCAUAACGGACGAGAAGGAGAGGAACUCUCGAGGUACGCGCGGCUUCUUCCACUGGCUGCGCGCUGCUCCCCUGCCCAACUUGCGUGCCUGAAUAACUGUUUUCUUAAUAACUAAAUGUACAUUCGACACAGGAA